CACAUGAGAUAAAUGGGUUACGGGUUGAGGGCAAAUCAAAUAGGGUUGCACUGUGACUGCAGCAAUUGUCAGGUGGACAGGGAGUCUAUUUUAGCGAGCCAUUCACAUGAGACUAUGAAUACAUAACUCUUUCACUAAUAAUCAUGAAGUGCUUUUUCUUUUCCUGACUCAACAGUCGCUGCCCUCUCUGAGUUCCUCUCACCUUUAAGGUAUUGUAAACUGCAGACAUGUCUGAGGGACCGAAAAAGCCAAAAUAUUCAGCAACACGCCGGCUGCAUUUAAAGUCCAAACUGUUGAAGAGAGCAGCUUCUUUGCUGGUGGCUGAAAGUGAAGAGAAGAAACAGGAGAAAGUGAGAGUUGUGAAUGAGAGCUACCCUCCACUAAAGCUGUCAGGUCUGUCAGUCGAGGAGCUCCAGAAUCUUUGCAAAGACCUACAUCAUAAGAUUGAUGUUGUAGAUGAAGUUCGUUAUGAUAUGGAGGUUAAGGCAGUCAAAAAUGACACAGAGAUCCAGAUGCUGUCUCAGAAGAUUGCGGGGCUGAAGGGGGCAAAGAGGCCAAACCUAAAGAGGGUGAAGAAAACUACAGAUGACAUGCUGGGUGCAUGCUCCGACAGCUCCAAACUCAUGAAGGCGGACUUUAAGGCCAAUCUUAAGACAGUGAAGAAAGAGGAAGAAAAGAAGGAAGAAGUGACUGACUGGCGUAAGAACGUAGAGGCCAUGUCUGGUAUGGAGGGCAGGAAGAAGCUGUUUAAUGCAGGAAAAUAAGAAGAAUUAUUGUCCAGAUUUAAGAAGUUUCCAUUGCAAGAUGAAAUAGAACUUGUUUUUGUAAAGAAUGAUAUCAACCACAGGCACUUGUAAAAGAAACGAUAAAUGCACCAUUUAGAUUAUACAGCAUUAAAUAGUUUAUUCAUGCUUUAAUGUAAACAUGUAUGUAUAAAAUGCCACUGUAUGCCAUGGAUGUAAUCAUAUACUGUAAAUUGUAUAGUAUACAGUACCCUUUGCAUAUUGAAAUUGUGCAAUAGAAAAGGCUGAUUAGCUUUAUGAGUUGGUCUUUUAAAGUGCAGUAUCUGUGUUCCACAGAUGAUGGCGCUGUCCAGGUAGUCUGUAAAACAUGUGAGGAUUGAUUAAAUGACCAUGACAACUUUA